AUGCUCUACCAAGUACUUUUCAAAAGUUCAAAUUUACUCUUUGCUGCUUCUUAUGCUUUUACACUUUAUUUCGACUAUCAAACCGAGGUAUUCUACAACUUAUGUCCAGUAUCAGGCUUUUAUUUGAGCAAAUUUGUUUGGCUUACAUUUAUUAAUCUUAACUUGCAUUUAAUUUACAAUACUUUGGCCGCAAUUAUUGCUUUAUUUGGAUUAACCAAUUCAAUUAUACUUAAUGGGCUUCAUUUUAUUGCGACCUCGCUAAUUUUCCCUGUUGGAUUGACUGUCACUGUUCUCUUUUGGGCACUAGUUUAUUUGGAUCCGCAAUUUCUUUUGGACAAAGAAGCUGAGAUUCUUAUGUCGGCACCAUGGUUUAAUCAUUGUUUGCACACUCUUCCCUUAUUGACAAUGACAAUAGAUUUUUUGCUUUGGCGUCAUUCUAGACCGACUUGGAAAAGUGCAUUUAUAAUAAUUUAUAUUUUUAUGAUUGCUUAUUUGAUUGACAUUCAUUACUUCUACUAUUAUUACAAUUUUUGGGCAUAUCCAAUUCUCGGAAUUUUAUCAUUACCUAGGCGAAUCUUCUUUAUUAUUUUAUGCAUUGUUGUACUAUUUGCAUCAUUUUUGGUUACCGAUGCUUACAAUAGAAUUAUUCAUUUCAUCUUGCCAAAGCAACGUGGAACAGUGAAAAAAUUGAAGAAAAAAUGA